GUUGAAUGGGGGAUAUAACCUGGACCUAGUGUUUAGCCAUGUUUCACCUUCGGCGGCAGACGCUGCCAUCGAACAGGAGGGCCAGCACUCUUUUGAAGAAUCCCACAAACAAAAAAGCCUCGGCAUGGCAGCGCUUCAGCAUCAAGAAUCCCACCGAAUUCGAGGAUGCGAUCCUGGCAAGCGGCUUGGGCUUGCACCCCGACUUCAUGAUUCCCACGCGGUCGCGAAGAAUCUCAAGCCGGAUCAUGAGGUUGGAUGCGCUGCGGUUGCUGAACAUGGGUCACAUCAACGAGCGCUACCACGAGGACUACUUCCAUACGCCCAAGAGACGCAGCCAACUGGUGGACGGGAUUGACCCGGACAAGGUGCGGAAGGAAGUGCCCAACUUCCCGCUUCGGCAGGUGUUGAAGACUGCCAGGAGAAGCUUGCAGCCAAUGAUGGUAAAAGUUCGACUAGAUCCGACUCUAGAACCGGGCGGGCGUCACUCAGCAUCCGCCGCCCAGCACCUUCUUUCCUCCACAGGUAGCAUCCAGGGUGGAUUCUUCACAGUGGAUCAAGGGAUUGGCACGGCAAGAGCUUCCUCCCCGAAGCGCCAGUCGAAAUGGUUCUCGGAAGCAGCACCUAUGCCAGAUGAGGAUCCCAGCUACAUACUCUCUCUCGUGAAACAAGCCGGUAUCAAGAGCGGGGCCGCGGUGAAAGUUCCAGAUGAGACUAAUGUCUUUUCACCGAUUGCUAAGAGGCUGAAUAAACGAGCUCAGAAAGCGACGAUCUGGGCGGAUUCCGUAAACCCUGAGGUAAAUAAGCCGUUGAAACAAGUGCCAUUGGUAGGGGUUGCAGCUGCUGCUCAGAAAGUCCAUCAGCAGCUUCAAUUUGAACCUCCUCCUACACCUGAGACCCCUUGGCCCACAAAUACGUACUUGCGAAUGCAGCCGACCAAGGACAUGCGCUGCUCGGAGAGAAUCACUCCUGAGCAACAGAAGCUACACCUUCAAAAAGGUUUAGGAACAGGAGCAAAGACACAAAUGCUGGACUAUGCAACUAAAGCGGAGUCGUUGCGACGCCAGAUGGAUCCUGCUAAAUACAAGGAGGAAGCCAGAUUCUAUCUAUGCAAGGGCGUCUUGCAUGACAAUGCCCAGGAGUAUCAACUAGCAGUGGACAUGUAUAUGAAGUAUCUGGAUAUAUGCGAGAGGUUAGACGACAAGGACGGGCAGGCUCUCGCCCACAACUUCAUCGGCUGUUCCUACCAAGAGAAGGAAAACAUCAAACUCGAUGCCAUAGCUAAGUCAAGACUCGACAAGUCUGCCAAUUUUGAAAUUCCAGAGUCCUCUAUUGCUGAGUUUGAGAAAGCAUUGGAGCACCACAAACUAGCAUGCGAGAAGACCAAUGUCGAGGGGAGAUUCAUCUGCUACACUAACCUAGGGCUGCUUUGUUCCACGCUCUCAAUGUGGGCAGAGGCUGGGGAGAACCAUAAGAAAGCGUUGAAGUAUGCUACAGUUUUGGAGGAUUCAAGAGGACAAUGUUCUGCAGUAGGGAACCUGGGGUUCCUUCUGUACAAGUGUAAGAAGUAUGAUGCUGCCAAAGCUUGCCUUAAGAGGUACGUUCAAAUUUGCAAUGUGAUUAAUUUCAUUGCUGGAACCGCUAGAGGUCACUUUUACCUAGGUGACAUAGAAGCUCGACAGAAAAGGUACGAAAUGGCUUUGGUGGACUUUAAAAAUGCAGCACGUGCAGCUGAAGAGUGCGGCGACACGACCAUACAGACCUUGAGUAAGGUGCAGAUAGGAAUCUGCGAAGGUGAAAAUGCUUUGAAAAAGUUAGCAGAGAAUGUGGAUUCGCAGAGCAUCUUCGAGGCUGCACUAAACGACAUGUAAUUGAACAUCCGAGUUGUGACGAGUGAGGUUUUGUGAUGAAUUAGUAUGCAUAGAAACAAACCCAGAGUUUUGAUACCCAACGAUUAAUUAGUGAAACAGGCAGGAAGUGAAUGUGCAUGACGAACUGAUUGCACUCCAAUUACACCCCCCUGGGGGUCAAGCUUUCAAACAGGUAGAAAUGAAACUGGUGAGAAAUGACUCCUCAUUUCAUCGUUUAUUCCUCAAAAUGUCAUGGUUUUGCUGGAGUGUCUUGCUUGCUUAGCAAACCAUAAUCAGCUUCCUCCAUGAAAAGUCUUGUCGACACAGUGCUUGGGUAGAAGUGGUUGGCCCACUGUGCGUACAUCCUUUUCUCUGUCCAUUUCACAGCAUUAUUGUUGCUAUCCUCAUCAGCUUGUGCCAUAACGCCUCCAGAGAUGAGUUGCUCAACUACUCACUUUGUAACGGUUGUGAAAAGUAGAGGACCUGAAACUAACUUCUCGUUGGGUACCAUAGAAAUGAAUGCUUAAGAUUUGGGUAUAGAUUUCAUAGUUUUGCAAAGGAGGGUUGGAAUGAUUCGAAACUACCUAAGAUAUAAGGAUGGCGAGUUGUACUCAUAUUCAUAACAUAAUAUCAAAGAAGUGCCAAAGUUGACAAUA